AAAUACAAGGGGCAUGAAAUAAUGGUUGCAAUUGAAGAAGACUCCUUGAAGGACCACUUAAAAAUAUUACAGGUGAACGUAAGUACCGUUGUGUCUGAAUUGUUUUCUGCGAUGGUUCGGCAUCGAGUUAAACAAGAUGGAACCUUCAUCAACGUGAUUCUCAGUAUGGUAGUAAUUGAAGGCCUUGGUCGAAGCCUGGAUCCGAAUAUCGAUAUCUUCACAGAAGUUAUACCGUUUAUUUUUACAAAUACAACAUUGUGCCAUGAUUAAAUUAUGAAAUAUUAUAUACAGCAAAAACGGGCAUUAAUUGGGGGAAAAGGCGUUUAAAGGAAAUUUUA